AAACAUAAACCAAAAAAAUCCUAAAUGAAAAAGAGCGGACCAACCAAGGCCCUAUCAGAAAGUGUCCCCCAAUCUCACCCUCUAUCAAUAAUGAACACAAGAUUACAAGAGGAAAGUUCAGACAGAGCCACUGUACAUUUGUAUUUUAUAUUUGCCAUACCCCAAUAGGCUCUUUCUUCAUUUGUUUUCAUACAGUACUACUCAAUGUUCCUUGCUUACAUGUGUAUUUCUGGAGCUCUGCAAAAUUGACAAACUCUCUUACAAGUAUUCUCCUCAUCUGAUUAAAAUGAGCACCUUAGAUGUCGCCCGAGCAGAGCUUGCACUUGGAGUAUUGUAUUUGAACAAAGCAGAGGCAAGAGACAAGAUAUGCAGGACUAUACAAUAUGGUGCAAAAUUCCUGAGUGACGGACAACCUGGGACUGCCCAAAAUGUUGAGAAAUCAACUAGUUUAGCAAGGAAAGUGUUCCGUCUUUUCAAGUUUAUCAAUGAUUUGCAUGUUCUCAUUAACCCAAAUGCCCCAGGAACCCCACUUCCACUCAUCUUGUUGGGAAAGUCAAAAAAUGCAUUACUAUCAACUUACUUGUUUCUGGAUCAAUUUGUCUGGCUUGGAAGGUCUGGCAUUUACAAGAACAAUGAACGCACAGAGUUGAUUUUCAGGAUCUCUUUCUAUUGUUGGAUGGGAUCCUCAAUUUGUACUACCUUGGUGGAGAUUGGGGAACUUGGAAGGCUUUCGUCAUCAAUGAAAAAGUUAGAAAAGGAACUAAAGAAUACCGAUAAAUAUAAGAAUGAGCAAUACAGGAGUAAGCUUCAAAAGUCAAAUGAAAGAUCUCUAUCCCUCAUUAAGGCAGGCAUGGAUAUAGUGGUUGCUGUUGGAUUGCUUCAAUUGGCACCCAAGAAAGUCACCCCUCGUGUAACGGGAGCCUUUGGAUUUGUUAGCUCGCUGAUUUCAUGUUAUCAGUUGCUUCCAUCACCACCAAAGGACAAAGCAUCUUGAUAAAGGUUUGACGCUGCUCAAGAAUUUCCCAGAUCACCAGAAUAAGUAAUUAGAAGUUAUCAUAUGCACGCUGGUGGUGGAAUUACUUCUUGUUUGCUGAAUAUUUUAUAUCGGUACAGGACUUUAAAUAAUUGUGUUUUAAGUUUCUUAGAUUUUGCUAUUGACGUUAAAUAAUUAUGCGUUUUUAAGUCUCUUAUGUCUUGUGAUCUACGUUAAAUAAUAAAAGAUCUUAAGUUACGUAUAGUA